AUGAAGAGAAAAUAUAUACGUUCACUGGGUGUAAAUGAGUGGCAAGAUAGAAACAGAAAAAGCAGAAAUGGCAGCAAGAAGCUGCAAGAGUGCAAGAGAUCUCAUGCUUUAAAAACCCAAGAAGGAAUUGAAGAAGAUGGAAAAUGGGAAGCCCGGUUGCAGGUGAUGCAGGUGAGGGUCCCAAACCUCGACUGCGAGGGAUGCGCAACAAAGAUUCGGAAAGCUCUCUUCAAGCUCGAAGGAGUAGAUGAAAUAGACAUAGAAAUGGAAACACAGAAGGUUACCGUAAGAGGGUAUGCAGUGGAGGAGAAGAAGGUAAUCAAGACCGUCCGUCGGACUGGGAAGGCUGCCGAGCCAUGGCCAUUCCCAGCUUACUCCCAUUAUUCAUCAUUUUAUAAAUACCCGGCCCACAUAGCGAACCACUAUUACCAACGGUCCAGCAACGAUGUGGCGAGUGUACACACUUUCUUCCAUACUCCCGCAACCUACUCAAUGGCUGUGUCAUCUGAUGAAGCUGUGGCAUCCCUUUUCAGCGAUGAAAAUCCACAUGCAUGCACCAUCAUGUGAUCACGUGGUUUUUUAUUUUUUAAUUAAAUAUUCAAUGGAUAAGGUUGUAUUGUUUUGUUAUUGAGAAAUGAUCCAGUGGUUCAGAUCAUUAUAAGUUACAGUGCUCCUUGUUCUAUUGGGAGACUUUGAUAGUCUGACUGAUCGAUCAAUCUAUGCUGUCCAUUAGUCCAUUAUUCAUUUCAGGGUCUACAAUGCAAAA